GGCGGGGAGGGGGCGGUCGACACGCAGUGAUUGGAAAAUAUCGAAGACGCGCACGCGCUAAUCCGAUGAUAGGUCUCCGUUACCGGGGGGGAGGAAAGGGUCUGUAAAAAAAAAGUAGGACUAGGGCGGGAGCUUCUUGCGCUCGCGCACCGCGCCCCUUCCACUCGAGCCUUUUGUGUUUGAAACUCUCAUAUCUCACAUAUCAAUAAUUCAAGCGCGCGCGAGAGAGAGCAGACUGAGCUCCCCCCCCCGCGCGCUAUGAGUUCUGCUGCCUCGUCACUCGUCCAGGGCCCCUCCGCACCGCGCGCGACUCCCGCUUAUUGUGUUUCCAAGUGACAAGGAAGCUACUGAGAAGUGAGAAAAGAGGAAAAGAACAGGUGAAAAUUAGCGACUCAACCGGAGAUACGAGGGUAAUAAAUUGAUUUUCGAAAAAAGGAGAGAAGCCUAAAAAUAAACCGUCUGGUUUCCCCUCCAAAGAGAGUCCGCGAGGGAGAACUGAUGCCUGAAGGCUAAUUAAAUCCAAGAAAACGGAGUGGCAUCUAGUUGUAAAACAAGCCUUCUUAAGGUUCAUCGGGGGAACACCGGGAAACUCUUCCUGCCUUACUUUUUUAAAGGGGAAUAGACCCACGGUUUAAGGUGUGAAGACGACCGAAAAAGUUCAUCGUUCUGGUCCGUUAUGUUGGCGUUUUGCCUGCUGAGUGCCGUGUGGCUCGCGGCGAGCCCGGCCCGCGCUCAGAACGAGACGGAACCAAUCGUCCUGGAGGGGAAGUGCCUAGUGGUGUGCGACUCCAACCCGACCGCGGACCCCACGGGUACGGCGCUCGGGAUCUCGGUGCGCUCGGGCAGCGCCAAGGUGGCGUUCUCCGCAGUCCGGAACACCAACCAUGAGCCUUCCGAGAUGAGCAACCGGACCAUGGUCAUCUACUUCGACCGGGUUCUAGUAAACGUUGGGAGGAACUUUGACGAGGAGAGAAGUAAUUUCAUCGCGCCACGCAAAGGGAUUUACAGUUUUAACUUCCACGUAGUGAAAGUCUACAACCGCCAAACUAUACAGGUGAGCCUGAUGCACAACGGCUGGCCAGUGAUUUCGGCAUUUGCGGGUGACCAGGAUGUGACGCGCGAGGCGGCCAGUAAUGGUGUUCUGAUCCAGAUGGAGAAGGGAGACCGGGCCUACCUCAAACUGGAGAGAGGAAACCUAAUGGGAGGAUGGAAAUACUCCACCUUCUCCGGCUUCCUGGUGUUCCCCAUGUAGAGGAAGAGCGAGAGGAAGAGGAGGAGGAGCAGGGGGUGGAAACGAAGGAGGAGGAGCUGGUGGAAGACGGAAAGUAUGGUGAUGACGGGGAAAAGGCAGAUGGAGGAAGAAGAGGGGCAAGAAGAUGUGAAUAAGAUGGUGGAAAAGGAGGAAAUGAAGAAAAAAGAAGAGGGAACGUGACAACAGACUCUGUUUGGGAUUCUGCAGAGGGAGGAGGGAAGAGGAAGGAUGAGAGAUGUUAGAGAGAUGUAAGAGCAUGACAGAACGAUUAUACAAGAGUAAAAUGAGAGAAGAAUUGUGAAGCCAGUACAUGAAAGUGUAUGGCCAGCUUCUUCACUUCCCUUCCUCCUUUCAUCCAUCCUUUCAUCCAUCCUUUCCUCCCUCUGUUUUCUCUGUGGCUUGACUGCAGCUUUGGACAGCCAAAACUUUUUUUAUUCUCUGCAGAAAGACGCAAUUGAUCAUUUAUAUGUUCCAGAGUGUUCUAAAGCCCGAGUGUAACCCCCCCCCCCCACAUUCAUUCAAUCAUUAAUUCAUCAAUCUCUAUCAACAUAAGCUUUGAAGAAUGUUUCUUGAAGAAUCGUCUCCCAUUUACUAUGGCCAUAUUUGUAGUUUUUUUUUUCAUGCUUGACAUAAAUUGCUCUGAUUUUGGAUCAGCCUCUAGCCCAGAGAUAAACUAGAAUUUUUAUAGGGGAAACACUAAACUCUGAUCACAAAAUCAGGUGAGACACAUUUAGAUUCCCUGUAAAGCUGUGGUUUAUAGUUAUCAUCAUAAUUAAUGGCUUUUAAAAAACUUUGUUCUUGAAAGACACAUCUGUUUCACCCUUCCUCUCCGCUCAAUUUCUCCUACUCUCUGUUAUUUAAUCCUAGCACAAAGCUCUGCCCUCUCCCCCUGCAUCCCUGCCACAGUCCCAGUCUUGUGCUAUGCUUUGUCUUUUUUGUCAGAUGACUUGAUUUCUAACUACCAGCUAACGCUAAAGACAUGCUCACCAGCUGUGAGCAUCAAACAUGACUCCUAAUCUAAGAAAGCUCACACAACAGUUGAUGCAACAAUAAAUAAAAAAUUAAAUAAAACGAUAAAUACAAUCAAAAGACGUGUGCAAAUAAAAUGCAAAAUAAAAACCAAAUAAUGAAAGAAAGGUAAUGCUGCCCAAAUUGGCCAAGGUUAGGAGAAGAUCAUGGUCUUGGUUAAAUCUGCAAUAACAGAUAUUUUUGGCCAACUGGGGCCGUGGAAACAAGUUGUGAACACAACGUGAAGAAUGAGACACAAUGUGCUUAUUUUAACAUUUAACCAAAACCAUGACCUUUCCCUUACUUUAACCAAACCAAACCAAAACCUUAGAGGUCUGGGGUCAAGUGUUAAUGUCCUGUGCUUUGUUGGCACACCAUCCACCCCAGUCUCCACCCCACAACUCAUGUGCGGUACAUAAAUGUAGCGCUUCCUACACAUAAUCCAGGCAGCGAUUACUUGUUUGUACAAAAUGUGAUUGGGAAAAAAAUUAGUAGUAGUAGUUGCUAUCUGACGUCCAUCAGGAAACUACAAGAUUUCAAAUGAAUACUCUAUACUGAAUACUGCUAGAUAACUUUCAAAAAGCACAAAAUAGUGGAAUCAAAAAUGCAAUUUUAAUUACUCAAAAUGUGAAGUAUGAAGUAUAUAGUACAGUUUACAACAACAGGAAUUUCAGAUGCGCAGUUAAAUGUAGAUGUAAUCAAAGCCUUAUCCAGUCUUCAGUCAUAUACUCAAUACUUAACUGUGACUCUCUUGUUACUAUAUCUAAUGAACCUUACAGUGACAUUGAUACAAGUCACACCAUCACCCAGAAAGUAUUGCUAUACCUUACUCUAUCAGUGUUUUUUUCAUCUCUCUGGCAGCCACACAAACAUUUGAACCAACGUCCAUCCUAUCCUUCCAUCCUUUGUCCACACCUUCAUCUCUCCUCCCUCAAUCUGUUUCUCUCCCUCCAUCACUGCUGCUGUUCCAGGAUCCUCUUCUCUCUUCAACUAUGCUGCUUACCCACAAGUGCAGAUUUCACUCUCUUCCUUUUUUGUAUACUUCUGUUAUCCCCUCACUCACCUCUCUCUCUUCCUUUCCUCAAUGGUCCAUCUCCCUCUCCUUCCUCAUGUCUGUACUUUAUCUGCUGCUGUACUACUCGUUUGCCUCCCAGUACGGAUCCUUCCUUGCUUUUCUUCAAUGUUGGACUUUGGACACUGAAACCAACUUACAACCACUAACUCUAUAAUAUAUAUAUAUAUAUAUAUAUAUAUAUAUAUAUAUAUAUAUAUAUAUAUAUAUAUAUAUAUAUAUAUAUAUAAAUUUACACAAUAUAUAUACAAAUGGAUAUAUAAAUAUAUCGAAAUCUAAGCCACCAUUUCUAUUCUACUGGUAUUAUGAUGAUAAUAAUGAUAAUACUAAUACUGAAAACUGAAUCUGGUUGAUGACUAUAAUAUCUGUAUUUCCGUACUUCAGUGUUAUAUAAAAGAAAAAAUAUUCUAAGAGAAACUUACUAGUGAUUGUGUGUGGAAAUCUGAGGCUGCCGUUCUGCUCUUCUGAUUAAAAACAUGCUUCUUGUUUUUGUUUUGGGUCAAACCAAGUUGUGGUUAAAAGGUGAGGCUACUACUUAUAUAAAGAACCUACAGCUAAAAAGGACUUUUAUUUAUUAUUAUUAUUAUUAUUAUUAUUAUUAUUAUCAAUCAAUCAAAUCAACUUAUCUACCGUUUUCUUAUUUAUUUGCUCUGAUGAAAUCAAUAAAAUUUAAAUGGUACUUUUAUUUUUAUUAAACCUACUUUAAGCCUGGCCUGGCAGUUUAUUUUGUUGAAGCUGGCAAAACUUCUGAAAGCAACCAGAAAGAUACACAGCCCCAGGUUGAUGUGUGUAAUGAUGGGCAGUGUUCACUAUAUGUGCCUCUGUGUGUGUGUGUCUUUCUUGUUAUUGUCUCCUCUUUUCUCCAUAUCUAUGUGGAUAUUUAUUCAGUCACUUUUACACUGUGUCUCUUUAUCUUUUUAUUCCCCCAUUUCUCUUUUUCUGUCCUCUUUUCCUCUCUAAAUCCAAUUGAUUAGAGUUCCUUUUUCUUUGCUUCCUCUUACAUUUCUUUACAUUUGUUUAUUUUUAUUUUGUUUAGAUGCUCUCUCUCGCUCUCUCUCCCUCUCUCUCUCUUUCUCCACUCUGUUGGUUUUUAAGGUUUUGUGGUUCGUUUCUCUCUAGACUCUAAUGAGCUCCAGGGGGAAAAUUAGAGCUGGAAUAACAAGCAAACAUCAACAUCAUCUCCCCUCUUCCUCCAGGUCCCUCCUUUCUUCUCCUCUUCUUCUUUUCCUCCUUCAUCUGACUUCAUUUCUUCAUAUCUUGCUUUCCCACAGCUUGAUUCUCCUUCCUGUCCUUCCUCUUUUCUUCUGUCCAACUUCCCUCCAACUUAUCUCUGAUUUGCUGUCCUCUACCCCUCUACCGUCUCAAUGCCACUUACUUUCUGCUACAUUCCCCUUUUUUCUUAGGUUUCCUCUUUAUUUAGUCAUGCUUUUUUAAAACUUACAUUUCCUUCUUAACUGCCAAAUACUACAUUGGCACUAAUAAAAGACAUUUUUACUAUUAAUUACUUUGGAAAAACUUACCUUCCUGGAGCAGCUUUCAACACUUUCUCUCUCUCUUUGCUCUCUUUGUCAUUGUCUCUCUGACGUCCCUCUGUUUUUGGUCAAAGGGAAGCAAGUCCUCCAAACUAAACCACAAAAUAGGUUGUUUGCACCGAGUGAUUGCCUUCUAAAAUGACUAAUAUUCUGUCGCCUUUAUGUUUAAGGUUUGUUUAGGUUUAGCCAACUAAAACUACUUGGUUAUGGUAAGGAAAGAGUUCUAACUGCCGAGAGUUAGAUGAGAAGAUCAACACCUCUCCCGUGUCUGUACGGUAAAUAUGAAGCUACAGCCAGCCACCAGUAAACUUGGCUUAGUGUAAAGACUGGAAACAGAAGGAAACAGCUAGCCUACAAAUACAUUUAAAAUUGACUAAUUAGCAAAUUGCUAAGUUAAGCUAACAGGCUGCAGGCUGUAGCCUGACAUGAGAAUGGUAUUAAUAUGCUCAUUUAAUUUUGAAUUCGAUUUUGAACAUGAAAAAGUGCAUUUCCCAAAAUGUCAAACUAUUCUCUUAAGUGUUAACAAACAAACAAUGUUAUUUUUCUGGGGAGGACAGUCUUUCUACAGGACAGAUGAUUAACUACUUGAUUAUGUUUCCAAUUCAUCAUUUAUGGUUUAAAAUUCCAGGAAAUCCUCACAUUUCAGAGGCUAGAACUAGCAAAUAUUUGACAUUUUUGCUAGAUAAAUUACUUAAGUGAUUCAUCAAUUAUCAAAAUUGUUGACAAAAUUCAUGUUGAUGUAGUAAUUGGUUAAUUGAGUAAUGGUUUCAACUGUAAUAGGACAAUAGUAGUCAAAAGGAAAAAUAGAAGACACUUUUGUGAAAUGUCUGUUUCCAAGACAACUGAAAGUUGGUCAAUUCAUAAAUUCAUUGGCUAAUGCUGAGUUUUGAGGUAGUAAAGUGAAAUUAUUCUAGAUUUAGGUGCUCGCACACUUAAUUGAUGCUGCCAAAAAGAUUUAGUGUGCUAUUUAGUAUGAUUUAUGUAGAGUGUUGCGACAUUAGGUCGUGAAUCACAGUGAGUCUGCCAUCAAUUACAUUAGCAUAUAUACAUAAUCCAUCCAAAACAUUUAAAUCCAAACAUCAGUUUCAACAUAUCAAAUAAUAAUAAUAUAAUAAAUAUAGCUUGUUCAGAACAAAAUUAUUCCAUGGGUAUUUACCCAUUCUGGACGUAACAAAGAUUUUUAUAUUAGACCUUUCUUGUAAAUAAUGUCUACUUUCAUUGAUGAUUGACUGUCAUUAAGUACAUGUGGUGACUGCAAUGCCUUUCUACACGAUAUCAGCCAAAUAAUGGCCCGACUCGACAGAUGAGGGGCAUCAGGAAUGAAAAUCAGCAUUUGACAAUUGCUUGUUUUAUCCCGCAUAUUGUGUCAUAGUGAAAGAAAACCCACAAAGCCUCUGGGAGCCUCACAACAUUCUGACAAAAAGACUAACGUGGAAAUUUCUUUGCCUUCGCUCGACUAGUUUGACUAGUUUGUUUCGUGACGUUGGCCCACAGGAGCAGAGAGCCCUCUUCCGUGCACAUCUAUAAACAUAGCAAAACAAGAGAGCCAUCAUGUUUUAUUUCAUUUUAGUUUUAAUGAUCAUCUAUGUUGUUUGCCAGGUCUCUCAGCCAAGUCACAACAAAAAUGUAUGACUCUAUGAUCGCCUAAUCUCACAAAGUGACCAUUUCAAGAUUCAAAAAUAUCAUAUAGUCUUGUCCUGGCAUUAUACUAUUCAACUAUGUUUCUAAAUCUUUAUGGGUAAUAUUUCUCAUAUUCAAUUUCAAUUGCGAUCUACAAUCAUUUUUAUUGAUAUAUGUCAAUAGUUUCAAAGGUGCUAAAUACACCAUAUCUACCUUAUUUAUUUACAGUGUUUCUCAUUUUCAAAAAGUCAUCAUCCAAAAAGAAGUGCUGCAUAAAGAAGGCAGAUGGUGGUGUUUUAUAAUCGAGCUAUUUUUUUGUUCAUACCAAUACAGUAUUCUCUCACUAACAUUAGUUGUAGUGUUUUAAUCACAAUAUUGGCUUGUUUCAUUUGAUUCUUAUUAAGAAAUCUGUUAACUCAAUCACAGCAUUACCUUAAGAAUUUACGACAAUGUGGGUGUAUGUGUGUAUGAUGGAAUGUUAGUGUGUUUGUGAGAGGGAAUGUGUGUUUGUGUUUUCAUUUCCCUCACAGCAGCAGGUCUGUCCAGAGGCCUUGUCCUCCAGCAGUAAUUUGAUUGUGGCAGAGCGAGGGAAACAUAAUUGUCUGCAGCAGGUCACCGCAUAGCAAACAAAGUGUGUGUGUUUGUUCUCUCCUAUGUCCUCUCCACCAGCGUCUGCUCCGCUGUACUCUCCUCUCCUGUGUCCUCUCCUAUCCCCUCAUCUCCUCUCCUCUCCUCUCCUCUCAAUGUCAAGAGAAAGCUGACAGUUGGGUCUGAUGCAGCAUUAUAUUUUCAGCCCUAUGGAAAUGUGCACACACUUAUUUACAGUUGCCAAGAGCACACGCACACUCAGACACAUCAUACACUCACACUUCCUGCUGCCAUACACACUUUUGCCCCCAUGCCCUCUGAUUCCAGCCAGAUGGGCAUGAAGGCAGAUAGACAGUCAACAAGAAAGACCAAUAGAGAGCGAGUCAGACUGACAUCUAGACAGGAAAAAAAGAACAGACCAGCAAUUCUUUUGUCCCAAUGACAGAUAACCUUUGACCUCUCCCAAACUCACCAAUUCCUCAGGUCACACACUCUCACACAAAUUCAGACACAUCCAUGGUAGCUUGAUCUCUACCAUUUUCAGAUCAUCUGACACCGAGUCGCUAAGGCCCUCUCAUUUUCUCACCCCAUGUCACUCAAAUAACACUUAAACAGACACAAAGACAGAGAAACAAAAACACACAAAUUCUUCUUUGUUUGGCCUGCAAGUUGGGGUGAAAACCUUACAAAUAAUGUAACUGAAUCAUCCUUGAAUGUUAAAAAGGCAAAGCACACAUUCAGAAUACAACACAAUGCAAUACAUCUAGGUGCAUGCAUGCAGUAUGCGUACAUUUUUUAAUUCUUGAGUUUAAGCAUGUGAGAAAAGAUUUGAGAAAAUAUGUUUUGUAACAAAAAAGCAAAGUGAAAACAUCAUGCAUGUAUAGGGAUCGUGACUCUUAAAGGAACAGUCCAAUGGAAAUCUUUCUUUAAAGUAAAAACUACAUAUCCCAUGUGGGCUGUAUUGUUUCUCUAUUCUUGGGACUGUAACACUAACAUCAGGAAAUACCUGCAUCACAAGGGAAUACAGUAUUAGAUUUAACAAUUCAAAAGAAAAAUAAGCAUAUAUUAUUAUGUAAAUUGCUAAAUUCAUGUGUCUCAUCUAUUGUGUGUAAAUGUUGGACUGACAUUUCAUUUUCAUUUAGAAAUUAUAUAUUUUAGGCUUCUAUUACACGUGUGGGUGCAGAAAAAAUAGAUUACAUGUGUAAAAGUGAUGAUACAGCAAAUUGGCAUGGCAAAUGUCCUGUGGACCGUGGCAUGGACAACAUUGAGGCUGUGGCUCAGGAGGUAGAGUGGGUCGUCCACUAAUCACAGGGUUGGCGGUUCAAUCUGGCUCCUCCUGUCCACAUGUCGAAGUGACCUUGGGCAAGACACACAGAACCCCAAGUUUCUCCUGAUGGACAGGCCAGAACCUUGCAUGGCAGCACCGUUGCCAUCGGUGUGUGAGUGUGAAUUAUUAUUAGGCAAAUUAUAAAGCGCAGUCCAUUUACCAUUAAAAAACCUGACUUUGGAUUAUUUCCCUCAUGCACACUUCACGGAAAAAAUCCAAACAUUUUUCUUUGGACACUGGCCCUAACAGAGUCAGGGUAAAGGAUGCUGACUAAACCAUAACCAAGUAGUUUUAUGGUAAAUGGACUGUAAUUGUAUAAUGCCUUUCUAGUCUUUCUGACCACUCAAAGCAUUUCACACUACACAUAAUUUAUUUAUUUUAUUUGCCUAACAUUGUGAAUGCCUUAGCCCCCCAUCAAAAAUGUGUUUUGCUUAUUGUUACUUCAUUUGGAUGUAUGGCCUUCACUGUGCAGAAUGAUGUGUGUACAUAGUUUGACAUUAUGAGACUGUUUUAACAUUCAUUUACUGAAGGAGGAAAGUUUCUCUGUGCUCACUUUAAAUCUGGGUCUAAGACGUGUUAGUGCGAGCAGGAUUUGUGACAUCACAGCUUAUUUGGAAGCCAAUCGUGGUCCAAUAUGCAACGUACACAAGAGUGGUGUGGAAACUUGAAGCCUCCAGUGCACGCACGCUGAAAAUUGACUUUUUCAUUGAAGUAUCAUCAUGACAUUGUGUGUCGAGCAGAUAAACUGUUGAAAUGAACAAAGCAUGCAUAUUCAUAGAUUCUGGAUAUUUCAAGAAUUUUUAAUGAAGUAAUGGAACUUUUUUGUGCAACAAUCAUAUGGUAAAUGGACUGUACUUAUAUAGCACCUUUCUAGUCUUUCUGACUACUCAAAGUGCAUAUCACAUUCACCCCAUUCACACACCUUUAUACACCGAUGGCAGAACUGCUCAUCAAAGUUACUAAUCAUUCACACACAUUCACAUACCGAAGGCACAGCCCUCGGUUAAUACAUUAUUAUUCCAAGCAGAGUAUUUGUAUGUCUUAAAUCAUGCUUGGUGGGGAACAUUCUUCAGGUGAAACACAAAUAGUUACAUAUUUAGGGUAGAAAAAAUUGGUUCUGGAUGACUAGCUGUACGGACAAAUCCGGGCUGUAGGUGGAAGUAAACAAACCGCCAUUUCUGUGGUGGCACCUCGCUUAAAACCCAGUAAUGUAUGUAAAAGAUUUAACUUCUUAGCAAUCUCGGAACCCAUUGGCUAUCGUCUGACGACGAUUUAGCCUCUGGGGGCAACAGCCAGUACUUCGGAGCUUCCGCUGUAGCCAGCAAAUAUCCGGAUAACAGAUAACGGAUAUCAGGCCAAGACCUCCUCUUCCAUGCGCCGGUCAUUGAUUAUACUUCGAUUAACACUCUUGGAACCCAUUGGCUAUCGUCUGAUGAUGAUUUGAAUGCAGAUACAUUUAAAAAAAAGAUAAUAAAAAGCUCAUCUCUGGGGUUCCAAGAUUGACAAAAAGCGAAAUCGUUUUCAGACGAAAGUGAUGGGUUACGACAUUGCAUUUUGGCCAAUGCAUUCCGCCUCUUUUGCUCUCCACACGGACUGUUUACCUGCAUGCACCCAAAGCCCACUCAAAUGUAAUUGGUCGAUACUACUCGGGCUACAAACAGAAACCAGAAUGCUUUGAUACCAAAAUGUUGUCCCUUGCCUACAGAUUCUGCAUUCUUAUGCAGAUAUCUGUUUAUAGAGAUUAACUUCUUAGGCACUAGAAACCAAGAAAUAUACCUAGGAGAUGCUGUAGAACCUUUUACACGUUGAAAAUACUAAUCAAAUGCUAUUAAAAUAAGUUUAUAAUGUAAAACACUUUUCAACAAAAUUUAGCUCCAACACUAAACCUCAACUCUGGAAAAUAAAGAGGAAACUCCACAAGCCUCUGCUCUGAAAUCAAAUUUACCGUUGUUCAUGUUUGCCGACCUUGAACAACUUAAACAUCUCUGCUUCCAUUGUCAGUGGCAACGCGUUCAGUUGGAGUGUGCCACUGCAGCAAUAGAUCACACAUAAAGACACAUAAAUCAACUGGCAUUAAAGCAAGUUGCAAAUAAUCAGAACAUCUGCGAAUCUGGAUUUCCUCCUCCCUUUCAAACUUGUAGAAUUGCUUUUGAAUGUUUACUCAUACCCAAAACACAAAAUGGACUGACAUGAGCUAUUACUAUUGCUUAUGUACUUAAACAAUUUUCUUUUCAAAUAUUAUCUUUGUAGUGAAAGAACCUCAUCUGACCAUGGCCAACCGAAAUAAAAUCAUUGGCAACAAUGUGUUUAUGGUUUAGUUGUUUAUUGCGUGUCCUGCAAAAUAUUACAUUUAUAGCAUCUUUGCUAAAACAAAAUAGUUGCAUAUUAUGCAAUUUGUAGGAGACUGUGGCUGCAUGACAGUUUUAACAAACACUCAACUGAUGUUGAACAACGGUGCAUCUCCUCUCACAGAUGUUGUCAUGAAUAGAUUCAUUCUAUUGAUAUUUCAUGACAUUUUUUAUUCAUGUUCAAUAAAAAAAUGUGAGUUCAAAUUGAA